AUGGCAAAAUUGGGGAUAUUUGGACGCGUUUUGUGUGGUUUCUUCUUCCUCUGCCUCUCAUUCGCCGGUAUAACUUCCAUGAUUUCCUACAUUGAACUGACGGCCAGGACUAUUCAGGAUUUUGGAGUCAAGAGGAACUAUGCGACCAUCGCAUCUCUUAUUGUAACCUUCCUCGUAGGAGUUCCUUCAGCGAUUGAUCUACGCAUUUUAACGAACCAGGAUUUCGUAUGGGGUUUCGCCCUUAUGAUUUCUGGUCUCUGUUACUGCUACCUUGUCGUCCGUUACAAACCUUUGCGCUACCGUAGGGUGAUCGUGAAUGACUUUGGAAUCGGCGAUAUGAAACUCCACAUCCCCUGGGUGGUGGCGAUGUGCGCUAUCGUGCCACUUGAAGCCGUUGGGCUCAUCGCUUGGUGGACGUACGAAAGUAUCAGCACAAAUCCCGAUUGGUACAAAUUUACCGCGGAAUCUUACAUAGUAAUUAUUAUGGAGUGGAUAAUCGUGUUUAUUCUGCUUGGCGGAAUGAACCUCAUCGUGUACUUCUGCAAGAUCGCAGUAUUUGAAAAGAAUGUCGACAUCGGUUACGACCCCUAUCACCCCGAACUGAUCCCCUCUCGAGAAGAUUGGCUCACUUCGCGGGAAAUCCCUAUCGUUUCUCAGGAAUGCAUUCUAGACUCAGAUCCCCAAAUACCUAUGUAUUAA